CGGAGAGACGCGCCGCAGAGCUUGAAUGGAGGGGCGUCUGGAAACCGUCUGAUCAGCGCCAGGGUAGUGUGGAGCGUCUGUGUAAACUUUAGUGCGGUAAAGUUAGUAAAUCUGGAAGAAGCGGCGGCUGGAGGCGGUUAAUCUGCGGCGUGCGCUGCCUGAGGACGGACGGGGACGGGUUUUCGUCGACGCCUGCGAUGAAAUGUACGGAGGAUUCGCGAAAACGGGCCACGAGUGCGUUACUACCUGAGUGAAGAGCCGCCGCCGCCGCGCUGGACGUUGGGUUUGAGAAGUAACCGAAGCACGAGGGGGUCGGCGAGCUGCUCCAGGCGCACCCGACCAUCGAACACACGGACCUCUGCUCCUAACGCCUCUCUCUAUCGGAUCACCUUCAGUGCUGUCCAUGAUGGCGGUUUGGAGAGCCAGAGCCAGUUCUUUUAGCCAGACUGUACUCUGCGUGUUUGCCCUUUUCCUCAGCUAUAGUGCUGGCCAGCACCAUGGCGAAAAGGGCAUCUCUGUGCCUGAACAUGGCUUCUGCCAGCCCAUCUCCAUCCCCCUGUGCACAGACAUCCAGUACAAUCAGACCAUCAUGCCCAACCUGUUGGGCCACACAAACCAAGAGGAUGCUGGCCUGGAGGUGCACCAGUUUUACCCAUUGGUUAAAGUGCAAUGCUCAGCAGACCUCAAGUUCUUCCUGUGCUCCAUGUAUGCACCCGUGUGCACUGUGCUGGAGCAAGCCAUCCCACCAUGCAGGUCGCUGUGCGAGCGUGCCCGCCAUGGCUGUGAGGCGCUGAUGAAUAAGUUUGGCUUCCAGUGGCCUGAGAGACUACGCUGCGAGGCUUUCCCAGUGCACGGUGCUGGGGAGAUCUGCGUGGGCCAGAACACGUCAGACCCCGGCAGCCCUACUUCAGAGCCCACUCUGUAUGCGCCGGGAUUGACACCACCUCCGGGUCCAGAAAGGUCUGGCCAGCCUUUUACGUGCCCACUACAGCUUGCUGUGCCUUCCUAUCUCAACUACAAAUUCUUGGGAGCCAAGGAUUGUGGGGCGCCAUGUGAGCACUCCCAGCCGCAUGGACUCAUGUACUUCAGAGAGGAGGAGAUGAAAUUUGGACGCCUUUGGGUGGGAAUCUGGGCCAUCUUGUGCUGUGUGAGCACCCUGUUCACGGUCCUCACCUACCUUGUGGACAUGAGGCGGUUCCGUUAUCCAGAGAGGCCCAUCAUUUUCCUCUCUGGCUGCUACUUUAUGGUGGCGGUGGCUUAUGUUACUGGCUUUCUGCUGGAGGACAAAGUGGUGUGCAUUGAUAAAUUUAGGGAGGAUGCGUACAGGACAGUGGCUCAGGGUACUAAAAAGGAGGGUUGCACCAUCCUGUUUAUGAUCCUGUACUUCUUCGGUAUGGCCAGCUCCAUCUGGUGGGUGAUCCUGUCCCUCACCUGGUUCCUCUCAGCUGGCAUGAAAUGGGGCCACGAGGCCAUUGAGGCCAACUCGCAGUACUUCCACUUGGCAGCCUGGGCUGUGCCUGCUGUGAAGACAAUCACCAUCCUCGCCUUGGGCCAAGUGGACGGCGAUCUCCUGACGGGCGUGUGCUUUGUGGGUAUCUACAACGUGGACGCUCUGCGUGGAUUUGUCUUGGCCCCACUCUUCGUCUACCUCUUCAUCGGUACGUCCUUCCUGCUGGCUGGUUUUGUCUCGCUUUUCAGGAUCCGGACCAUCAUGAAGCAUGAUGGUACUAAAACGGAGAAGCUGGAGAAGCUGAUGGUGCGAAUUGGCGUGUUCAGCGUGCUUUACACUGUCCCGGCCACCAUAGUCAUCGCCUGCUACUUCUAUGAGCAGGCGUUCCGUGAGCAGUGGGAGAAAACAUGGCACAUGCAGACGUGCAAGCGCUUUGCUGUGCCCUGCCCAUCCUCCAACUUUGCACCCAUGUCACCGGAUUUUACCGUUUUCAUGAUUAAAUACCUCAUGACCAUGAUUGUGGGAAUCACUUCGGGGUUCUGGAUCUGGUCUGGGAAGACCCUGCAGUCGUGGCGCAGGUUCUACAAGCGUCUAGGAAAUGCCCAGGGAGAGACUGCCGUUUAAAGCGAUUUCUAAACAGACAAUAAUCAGUCAGGACUGCGAGACAGACUACAGGUCAUAACUUACAGUGUGGAUUAAAAACUUGCAAAGGACGUUGCCCAGUGGAGACCCACAGGAUAAUCUUGCUCAGAUAAUCCACAUAUGCCAAAAAAGCUUGCCUUAUGACACUUAAAUACUUGAACUUUGGCCCUGACUUUGUCUACACUUUUUUGAACUCUUUUGCAUGAUUUCAGCAUCAGUGGACUUUUUGUAAUGUUCAAAAGGUUUUUUAUUAGAAUUGUUUUGUGUCUCGUUAAAAAAUGUUUUGUUUAAACACUAAGAAGACGUUUACGUCUUGAAUAUUGAUGGAGAAAAGUUUAUUGAUGGCGAGAGAAUCUCCGCAGUGGCCAAAAAAUAUUUGAAUAUUAAUCUUGUGCCUUGUAAAAUUGACCAGUCCCCAUAGUUCACCUUUUUUGUUUGCUUCAUCAGUUUUUGGCAUACAUACCUAAUGCAGGUGUUUGUAUUUCUGAUUGUUGUUGAAUGUGUUUAGACCUUGUUUCAUUUGGUUCAUCUGACCUGUAAAACAUAAUUUUCUACAAGUAAAUUCAAACUGACCUGGGCCUAAUGACAAACGUGUGAUUGUUGAGAAAUGGAGUACAAACCACACUUGGUGUGCAGAGUUUGUACAGACAUAUUAGGGGGAAGACAAACUGUUACCAGAUUUUGUUUAACUGUUUAACUGUCAUGUUACUGUUUUAAGACUACAUGUAUUUAUUGAAAGUAAUCUCUUUUUUUAAGACCAUGCUCUCCAUUCAACAGUUUCACUUAAUAAAGUGAUUAGAUUUUUA